AUGCUGGAAGGCGAUGAGUCGACGCUGCUGGGUGAUGUUCGGCAGCUAGAAGGUAUGGAUGAUGAGUCAUGCCGCGUGAUUGCCGGGCCCUUUGCCAUCGGCGUGCAAUUGUUUCUGGCCUUUGUGGUGCUGUGUACGCUGCUUUACAAGCGGUACCAGGAAAAACCACAGCGAGGCUUAGUGAUUUGGUUGAUGGACAUUUCGAAACAGGGAUUUGCCAUGUCCUUGCAGCACUUUGUGAACGUCGCCCUCGCGGUCAUUUUUGCGGGGCAAAAAGGUAGAGCAGGUGAAUGCAUAUGGUAUAUCACCAAUUUCUGCAUCACCGUCGUUGGUGGACUCGUUGUAUUGACCUGCUGGAUGAAGAUCCACGGCUAUGUCAUCGAGCAGUACCAACUGACCUGGCUCAAAAGCGGCCAGUAUGGUGGUGACGGAACACCUGGAUCCGCCUAUGAUGUUCGAAUAUGGCUUGUGCAGACCUUCUAUUGGGGCCUGAUUUGUUGUAUGGAGAAGUUCCUGGUGGCGGGUUUGGUGAUUUAUCCCCUGCAUCCACGCAUUGAUGCGGUGAUUGCCCCCUUGGAAGAGCCAUGGAGGCCAUAUCCGAAGAUGGAGCUGAUCUUCGUGAUGUUAAUCGCGCCCAGUAUCCUCAAUCCUCUCUGGUCCUGGAUCAUUGACAAUCUCGUCAAGGAUCCAAAGUGGGGUCAUGGACACGCUGCCCAUGAUGACGUCAAGGGCUACAGCUAUGGCGCAGCAGAAACCCUGGAACAUUAG